AUGUCUGCUUCGGAUCACUCUAACUAUGCUUUCCUCCUUUCGAACGAUGAAGUUCCUUUCAUCCAGUAUGAUGGGUCUUCUGACGCGGCUGAGUCUGGCGGCUUGUCUGGUCAGGUGCUUAGCCCCAACGAUGCUUCGUCCCCCUAUGCCCGACCUGUGAAUCGUGCUCCAUUUGUUCGUCCUGCUGCUUCUCCUCCUGCCCUGCCUGCGAACCGUGCUCCAUUUGUUCGUCCUGAUACUUCCACCACUGCUCAGUCUGUGAACUGUGCUCCAUUUGUUCAUCCUGCUGCUUCCAUUCCUGCUCAACCUGUGAACCUUGCUCCAUUCGUUCACUCUGCUUCUGGCAUUGAAGUUACUGACGAAAAUGCAGCUGAAGUUAUUGCAGGCCUUAACCUUAAUGCCCCUGCUAUUCUACCACAACAGACGACACAGGCAGAUCAUUUGCCUUACUUUGUAUGGACCAAGAUCCCAAAGGUCCGCAAGUUGACCAAAGAUCGGGGUCAAGAGCCAUGGACCACCGACGUAACCAAUGUUCUCUUCAAGCUGAAGAUCCUAGAUGUCAUCGACAACACUCUUCCUCAUCCUGAUGAGUCUCACCAUCACUACAAGGAUUGGAUCAAAUGGUCUCGACUCGUGAAAAAGUGGACAUACCGCGUUAUCGGCCCAGAGAUUAUGCCUCAUUUCGAGAAUUUUGCUGAAGAUCUUCAAUUUGCCGAUGAGACCGUUGCUCUCGCUGUUGCUCUUUCCGUCAAGCCCACUCCGAUUGACCGCAGCCAAGAUGAUCGCAUGACCAAGGAGGUGUACUCGCUUUGGGAUAUGAAGCGCCAUGACUACACCGACGUUUCGGAUUACAUCGAGAACUGGAAUGCGCAGGUUCAGCACUGUCGCCGCAUCGGUCUCGGUAUCCCCAACUACGUUGCUGCCAAGAUUCUGCUCCGGGAGCUUGACGACGACUUCCCUUUGCUCACGACCUGCAUCAAUACGCAGAUCCGUGAGCAGGACGCACACGCUCACAAAAUGACACAUGGUCAGCUGUGCGACAUUGUCGAGGCUUUCAGGGCAGCUGCCCUUAGCCGCGAGCGUGGCUCUGGCCGCUCUGUCUAG